GGAGAUCUAACGGUUGUAGAGAUCUGUGCUAUUCACUUCGCCUAAAUUUGAUCAUGCGAGACUGGAGGUGCACGCAGACUGCAAUCCUACUAGUGACGGUCACUUUUCUUCAGUUUCAAACUGUGGAAUCGGCCUAUCAGCUCCGAGUGAGAGCUCAUCGCUACCGGAACAGUGACAGCAGGCUAUCAGAUGACAGUAGCUGUGAUGGCUUCUUUGGUGGUCAGUGUGAAAACCGUUUCAACUUCUGUAUGCGGGGCCACGGGGCCAGUCGUGACAACAACUGGAACAACUGUCCACGUGGGUCUUUCACAACGGGAGAAGUUGGAGAUGACGAUUUCUAUUUUGGGACAUACCAAAUAUAUAGUGGGGUUCCAAAUCCAAUGGUGUUCUCUGGCACCAUUUGGGAGGGUGGAUUUCAGCUGUUGGUGGUUGUAUAUGACGAAGACCCAGUAGGUUCAGAUGAUCAUGUCGACAAUGUGUAUGCAGAAGAAUACCUGAGUCCUGGACAUUCCAUUUCACAGAGAGAGUAUGUUGGACAGAGUGAAAAUUCCCGCAUAACAUUCUCCUUCUCCCUCUCUUGUAACACCAACUACUACGGCUCUAACUGUAACACAUACUGUAGGGCUACAAACGAUAAUUUGGGUCACUAUUCAUGCCACUCCUCUACUGGAGCCAAACUAUGCCUGGCUGGUUGGUCAAAUCCCAGCGGAAACUGCCUUACUCCUGUAUGUGCCAGUAACUGCAACAGUGCAGGAGGCUACUGCCGUAAUCCUGGCCAGUGUCUUUGUCGCUCUGGCUGGACUGGAAUUGGAUGCCACCAGUGUCAGCCAUCUAGUGGAUGCUCUAUGAUUGGUGGCUUCUGCAAUGUUCCAGGGGAGUGUAUAUGCAGGGAAAACUAUUUUGGUGCCCACUGCGAAGUUGAUCUCAUUCCAUGUGACAGAAAUGCUGGUGGUCCCUGCUCUCAAGGAAUGCUCUGCACUAAUGACGGACAGGGAGCUACAUAUGUCACUGUCCAGCUGGCUCCCCUGAUGUGGAAUGUGAAACUGAAUGUGAUCCCAAUCCAUGUCUGUAUCAAUCCACCUGUGCUGUGAGUGGCAACAAAUUAACUGCGGUAUUGUAGCUAUCAAGGUCAAUAAUAAUUCUGUCUCAGGUUAUUCAGAAUGGGUUUAAGUGUGUCUGUCCUAGUGGAUCAAGGGAAGAGUGCGAUCGUGAACACAACUACUGUAAUCCAUACCCUUGUGAGAAUGGUGGAACAUGCCUGGUGAGACUGUGUUUAAAUGACCGGAUGAGGGGAUGAUUGGGUGUUAUUUACAAUCCAUGUAUAGGAUCAGUUGGGAGGGUAUGAGUGUGAGUGUACUGUGGGAUGGACUGGAGACAGAUGUCAAUCUAACAUUGAUGACUGUGCUUCUGCUCCAUGUCAGAAUGGUGGAACAUGUUUUGACCUCAUCGGCUCCCACAACUGCUCAUGCACCAGUGGAUUCUAUGGUCCCAACUGUCAGCUACUCAAUGAGUGCCUCUCAGGCCCUUGUCUCAAUGGUGGGGUGUGUCAAGAGCUGGUCCACAACUACUCCUGCAACUGUAGUGAUGGCUUUGAUGGCUCAAAUUGCGAGUUAAACCUGCUCCCGUGUCGUGACAACCCAUGUCAGAAUGGGGGGACGUGUAUAGGAGUCUCAGGCAGCUACUCAUGUGUCUGCCCUCCUGGCUACACUGACUACCACUGCCUCAUUCCAGUUGAAGUGCCACAAGUUAAAGAUGACAACAGCUCACAAACAGAUGCUCAGCACAUCUCCUGGGCCAUACCAGUACUAGUAGUAGUGCUGGUGAUUGUGGUCAUUACCAUAGGGGCAAUCACCUUCUACUGCUAUCACAAGAAAAAGAGGCAACCAACGCUGUGUCCUCCUGGCAGGGUGGUGGAGAAUGAAAUGGUGUCAGUGGCAAAGGGUAAGGAACAGGAUCUCCAGAUGAGUUCCAAGGAUCAGACCUCCAUCUAUACAGCUUGUCGUAUACAACCUGUGUAUGAAAUACUGGAUACCUAUGAUGCUCCCACCAAUGCACCAUAAACCCACCACAGAUGAUCAUUUCUUCCCCCUAUUACCUACUUAUCACUGAGAACCCAUACUAUCAUUUGAAACUACUAACAUGUAGCAUAAAUUAGAUCCUGUUUUUGCAUGUGUGAGUAGUCAUUACCAGUCAUUGUGUAUGUUGUGCCAUACUGCUGCACGUGUGUCUUUUGAACUAAACUUCAUGAUUGUGAUUGUUACGGG